GGUAAAAAAGAGCGUGGCUGUCUGCCUUCUCUGAGAGCCCUCGGGAAAGCGACCCUGCCACCGAGCCAGCGCGGACCCGGAGAGCUUCAGCGGAGGGAGCAACACCGGGGUGCACACUCGACACCAUGGCCCAGACGCCCGCUUUCAACAAGCCCAAAGUAGAGCUGCAUGUCCACCUGGAUGGAGCCAUCAAGCUGGAAACCAUCUUAUACUAUGCCAAGAAGAGAGGCAUCACCCUCCCAGCAGAUACAGUGGAGGGGCUUCGCGACAUCAUCGGCAUGGACAAGCCCCUUUCACUCCCAGGCUUCCUGGCAAAGUUUGAUUACUACAUGCCUGUUAUUGCGGGCUGCAGGGAAGCCAUCAAAAGGAUCGCCUAUGAGUUUGUGGAGAUGAAGGCAAAGGAGGGUGUGGUGUAUGUGGAAGUUCGCUAUAGCCCACACCUGCUGGCCAACUCCAAAGUGGACCCAAUCCCCUGGAACCAGACUGAAGGGGACCUCACCCCUGAUGAGGUUGUGGAUCUUGUGAACCAGGGCCUGCAGGAGGGAGAGCAAGCAUUCGGGGUCAAGGCCCGGUCCAUACUGUGCUGUAUGCGCCACCAACCCAACUGGUCCCUGGAGGUGUUGGAGCUGUGUAAGAAGUACCAUCAGAAGACUGUGGUGGGGAUUGACCUGGCUGGUGAUGAGACCAUCGAAGGAAGUAGCCUCUUCCCAGGCCAUAUGCAGGCCUAUGAGGGGGCCGUGAAGAGUGGCAUUCACCGAACCGUCCAUGCUGGGGAGGUGGGCUCUGCUGAGGUUGUGCGACAGGCUGUGGAUGUACUCAAGACAAACAGGGUUGGACAUGGCUACCACACACUGGAGGAUCAGGCCCUCUAUACGAGGCUACUACAAGAAAACAUGCAUUUCGAGGUCUGCCCCUGGUCCAGCUAUCUCACAGGCGCCUGGGAUCCCAAAACGGAGCACGCAGUUGUUCGCUUCAAGAAAGAUCAGGCCAACUACUCACUCAACACAGAUGACCCUCUCAUCUUUAAGUCCACCCUGGACACUGACUACCAGAUGACCAAACGGGACAUGGGCUUGACUGAGGACGAAUUCAAGCGACUGAACAUCAAUGCAGCAAAGUCGAGCUUCCUCCCCGAGGAAGAGAAGAAGGAAAUUCUGGAACAACUCUACAAAGCAUACCAAUGGCCCCCACAGGCUGAAGGGCAGGUCCCCUGAAGAUGGCAAGGCCACUUUUCUGAGCCUCAUCCUGUGGAUGGAAUCUGCACAACUCUGUGACACUCUUACCUUCAUUCCUUCCAGACCUUGGAGUGGUCAAGUCUGUCCUCUGGUCAGGUGUUCCAGCUAGGGCCCAGGGGCCUUGCUAGUCGUGGGUAUGAAUCGGGAACCUUCCUUUAAGGGUAAAAAUCUGUUGUUCAAUAAAGCAGCUGGUGACUGGUA